GCUCCAUAACCACAGGGCAGGACGGAUGUAUCGGGUGUUCUCCAUCAUCCCCCAGGCUAUAAUUUGAAAUCCACAACUUUAUCAAACACGAUAAAACCCCCGCACAUUUAUUUGGAGAGAAGUUGUGGUGAUUUUUUUUUUUACCAUCUUUUUUUUUUCUUUCUUUUUUUUUUGUUACUUCAACGACAAAUGUGGCUUCUUGGAUCAACCUCCCAAGUCAUGAUGAUGGAUGAGCGCCUGUCUGCUUCCGCAGGUUCGCUCCAGAGUCACGGGAACAACCCGUCCACGGUCCACAGCAUCGAGGCUAUACUGGGAGUUAAAGAGGACACCAUCUUCCACAAGUCAGCCUCAACCUACAGCAUGAGCGGAAAAGUUCUGCAGCUCAAAGAUGCGGAGCGCAACGGGAACGUGAUCACGACUUCGGUGAAGAAAAGUCUGUACUCGGACAGUUUUGACAGUGAGUGUUGUGCCGGCGGCGCCGCUGACGCGUCAGUGUGCCCGGACUCGCCGGACAGAGACGACGGCAAACUGUCCGACGACGAAAACCCCAAAAAGAAACACCGACGGAACCGAACCACAUUUACCACCUUCCAACUGCACGAGCUGGAAAGAGCGUUCGAGAAGUCACACUAUCCGGACGUGUACAGCAGGGAGGAGCUGGCGAUGAAAGUCAAUCUACCGGAGGUCCGAGUGCAGGUGUGGUUCCAAAACCGACGGGCCAAAUGGCGUCGGCAGGAGAAGCUGGAGGUGAGUUCCAUCCAGCUCCAGGACACCUCGUCCUCUCUGCUCUCGUUGAACCGCUCUCCCACUAGCACGCUGAGCUCUGGUCUGCAGUUGGACCCCUGGCUCUCCACUCCCAUCACCAGCUCCACUUCCCUGCAGUCCCUCCCGGGAUUCAUCAGCAGCUCUCAGGGUCUCCCGGGAGCCUACACCCCUUCUCCUCCGCCCUCCAUGCCCUCCUUGCCAGCCUCCUUCCUCAGCUGCCCAGCUCUGGGACAGAGUCCUCACCUGCCCCACAUCAGCUCUAUGUGCCCCACAGCGCCUGCAUACCAGUGCUCUGCUGAUCCAAGGAACUCUAGUAUUGCCUCACUGAGGAUGAAGGCGAAGGAGCACAUCCAGUCUAUUGGGAAGACGUGGUGAUGCUGCGGACAUCAGAAAUGGACAUUAGUGCUUCUUUUGGAAAACUGACUUCCUCUUCCUGAUGACAAGGUUUUUAUGAAAAGUGAGGAGCACAGUUUCCAUCUAGGAUUACAGACAUUGUUGACCCUCUGAAAAGUUUUGACACAUAUUAUGAAGUUACUGUACAACUUACAAUUCCUAAUGUGUUUUUCCUUCUCCUGUAUCUUCUCUGCAACCGACACCACUGUUUACCUUUUGUGUUUAUUCAGACCAGCUUUGUUCUCACCUGCUGUUUAGUUGCCAAUAUAUGACAAAUACAGAAUUACAGAUUC